AACACAUACGCUAGUGCAGCCGUAAGGCUUUACUUUUUUCUCAUAGAAGUUAAAAUCCAAGUUUUAUAAAAGUUAAAGGAUAAUGUAGUGUUAGGCUGGAUAUAAUACAGUAUAUAAAUACACUACAGCCAUCCGUUUUUUCAAACGGACCUAGGUUUUUAUUCUUGUGAGAAAGUAAAGAAGAGGAGAAGUAUCCGUUGUUCGAACUGGAUCGUCUAACGCUUUCCAGAUAUCCUGUUCCUGUGAGGAAGAAUUACCGAGGGCGGCCGAGGAGAUUGAAGUGCAGUGACGCAAAAACACACAGUAUAUGAAAGCAGCCGUGUGGACUGACGCAGCAGCUCUGUCCAAACACUCAUGGGGUUACCUUCCCCUAUCAACAUUCAGCAGAGAGACACUCGCAGACCUGACCACGUUGGGUGACUUUUUGUUUGGUUGACCUCCUCUUGUCCAACUCCUUUUAGCAAAAACAUUUUUUUUUCUUUCUGGUUGGCUCUUGUUUUUAAACGCAACCAUUUUUUCGGGAACGAAACUGGGAUUGUCCCUCAUAUUAUGUACAUCAAUGGACACCAGUGGCUCAGUGGUUAGCACGGGACCUGAGGAGCAGUCCUUUCAUGUUCGCUACAGGAUGGAGGUGUCCUGCCUGGAGCUGGCGCUGGAGGGUGAGCGGCUCUGUAAGGCGGGCGACUACAGAGCAGGCGUCUCCUUCUUUGAAGCUGCCAUGCAGGUGGGCACAGAGGACCUGCAGGUGCUCAGCGCCAUCUAUAGCCAGCUGGGCAAUGCCUACUUCCACCUGCAUGACUACGCUAAGGCCCUGGAGUUCCACCGGCAUGACCUCACCUUGACCAGGACAAUUGGUGACCUGCUUGGAGAAGCCAAAGCCAGUGGAAACCUUGGCAACACAUUAAAGGUGCUGGGGCGGUUUGACGAGGCUGUGGUUUGCUGUCAGAGGCACUUGGACAUAGCGAGAGACAUUAAUGACAAGGUGGGUCAGGCACGAGCUCUGUAUAACUUUGGGAAUGUGUACCAUGCCAAAGGCAAAAGUAUCUGUUGGAGUGGAGCUGAGCCUGGAGAUUUCCCAGAGGAGGUCAUGAUGGCACUGAGGAAGGCAGCUGAGUACUAUGAGGCAAACUUGGCGAUAGUGAAGGAGCUUGGGGAUCGCGCCGCUCAGGGUCGAACCUACGGUAACCUCGGCAACACGCACUACUUGUUGGGAAACUUUCACAGAGCUGUAGCUUCUCACGAACAGCGUUUGCUCAUAGCUAAGGAGUUUGGCGACCGCUCGGCAGAGAGACGGGCGUACUGCAAUCUGGGGAACGCCUAUAUCUUUUUGGGAGAAUUUGAAGUAGCAGCAGAGCAUUACAAGAGGACACUGCAGCUGGCAAGGCAGUUGAAGGAUCGAGCUGUGGAGGCCCAAGCCUGCUACAGUCUGGGAAACACCUACACACUUCUCCAGGAUUAUGAGAGAGCAAUAGACUACCAUCUCAAGCACCUCAUCAUAGCCCAGGACCUCAAUGACAGGAUUGGGGAGGGCCGUGCAUGCUGGAGUCUUGGAAAUGCUCACACUGCACUGGGGAAUCAUGACCAAGCCAUGCACUUUGCUGAGAAACACCUGGAGAUCUGCAAAGAGACUGGAGACAGAAGCGGGGAGCUGACGGCUCGUAUGAAUGUUUCUGAUCUCCAGAUGGUUCUGGGUCUGAGUUAUAGCACGAAUAACUCCACUCUGUCAGAGAAUAAGGAUAUAGACUACAACCUGCAUGGAGCGAGGCCCAGAAUGAGCCGAAGACACAGCAUGGAGAACCUGGAGCUGAUGAAACUCACCCCAGACAAAAUGAAUGGUCAAAAGUGGAACAGCGACAUCCUGACCAAACAGUCCAAACCCUCGCUGGCUAAGACCUCCUCCAAGCUGUUCUUUGUCAGUCGCCUGCGUGGGAAGAAGUACAAGACCAGUGGCUCCAGUAAGGUCCUCCAGGACACCAGCAACAUGCUGGACUCCAGUCAGGCAGCAGCACAGGGACCACAGAAGCGACUCAGUCCGGACAUGCUCGGAGACGAGGGCUUCUUUGAUCUGCUGAGCCGUUUCCAGAGCAACCGUAUGGAUGACCAACGCUGUUCAAUACAGGAUAAGGGCAGCAGGUUAUCACUAAACAGUGGUCCGGAGUCGCCUCCCAGAGCCAUCAGGAAAUCUGUAUCGGAUUCUGCCAACGUCUCAGGCAUCCCAGGCCGGCGGUUAGAGGAAUCUUCAGCAGCAGGGGGAAGCCUGCCCGGCCUCAGGCUCAAUCAAAACAGCAACCAGGCCGUGCUCAGCCACCUGAUGGCCAAUGCUGACAAUGCCGAGCCUGACGACGACUUCUUCGAUAUGCUUGUCAAAUGCCAGGGGUCCCGUUUGGAUGACCAGCGCUGUGCCCCUCCCCCUCCUCCUGUCCGAGGGCCCACUGUACCAGAUGAGGACUUCUUCAGCCUCAUCAUGCGUUCUCAGGCCAAACGAAUGGACGAGCAACGUGUCACCCUGCCUUCUGCAGCAAACACUACUGCCAGGCCCAGCUCCAGCUCCAACUGAACAAAGCACUAAAGGGAUAGGGUUUAGGUUUUUUAUCUCAUGAAGGUGUGGACAGCUGUGUGACUAAACAGUCGGUGGUCACUGGGAAGAAACCCGUGUCUCUUUUACAUUUUUCCUUUUGGACAAAAAGCACUGUCAGUGAUUGUAUAUAGUAUACAGUAUGGAAAAAUCUCAAUCUAACAAGAACUUGUUUCGCACAACUUGCACCAACAAAAACUCUUUAGUAUCAGGGACAAAAGUGUUUUGUUUUUUUAUCCUUGUUUGUCAUGAUUCUGUCCUCGUAAUUUCAUUUCACCCUAUGUGUAUUUUUCAAUACACAACUGCAUUAAUGUUUGUAUUCAUUGUACUGUUAAUGAUUGUUAUGAUUCUGUUAACUGCCGUCCCUACCACUACGAAGUAAUGUGGUAAUGCUCACAGUGGUGACUUGAGUCAGUGUGGACACAGAGGUACAGCAUUCUUUCCAUGUAUUUUGUUUGUAUGUGAGGGCGGGUAUUUGGUUUUUGGUUUAAGAGUUACCAGGGUCAAAGUUAAUGGAAUUUUUUAGCAAACUGGUAAAAUAAUGAAUUUAACCGGUGUACAGUCCUUACUUAUGCUCUUUUGUACUAACUGUUUCAACGAGGUCAGAGGAAUAAAUGUACAGUAGGCAUCUUGUUUUGACUUUU